GCUCACCUCAAAUUUUAUCAGGAACUUGGAGGAUCUGAAACCAAAAACAUGACCCUUCAGUUUUCUUACUGCCCGUGUUUAUAUUUGACCUAUAGUAUUUUCGGCAAACUGGAGUAACCAGAUUAGUUUCAGAUAUACUGAUAGUGGUUCUGUUGUUGUCAUGGCGUCAAGCUCGACACGGACAGCACGACAACAACCACUAUCAGUUGGCUAGGUUGGAGAGACAGUAAUUUUGUAAAAAUGCUACUACAUAUAAUAUAGGUUAUUAAAGUAUUGCAACAGAUAGUUCAACAAAUACUGAUUCAUUCCUUGCGCCAUCGUGAAAUCUGAAAGUGAAACUCGCGAGCGUUUUUGUCGCAACGUUAAAACACACAAGAAGGGUGAGAAAGCAGAAUGUAACGUUAGGCUUGUAUUUGGACUUCAGACUAAUUAAGCGCGACCACCUGAUUCGACAGACAGGAACAUAGGGCUCCCUUUAUUCAUGAUUGUCUGGGUGUGACCCUCGGGGUUUAUGUUCUUUGAGAGACCUAAUGCCAGCCACUUCUGAAGAGCAGCAGUGCCUCUAAAAUGAGUUUCUAUGAGAAGAAAGAGGAAGGACUUUCUGUUCAGGCCAAAAGGGCAGGAACUCCAGAACCCAGCUGUGUGUCUCUGAAGAGUGACGUAUCUAUGGGCAUGCCACCUGAAUUCAGUGGUGAAGCAGUGACCUCUGACCCCAAGGGUUUGCUCCAGGUUAGUUCCAAAUGUGGAGUGUGUGAGCAGGUUCUGAGAGACCCAGUCUCUAUUACCUGUAGACAUAGUUUCUGCAAACAGUGUAUCAGCUGCUACUGGACUAAAUCCAGUCCAUCAGACUUUGACUGUCCUCAGUGCAGGAAGAGAUCCAGAACACGGCCCAUUCUACAAACAGAUAAAGUCUCAGGAGGAUCCAGUUCUGCUGGUUCUGCUCUCUGUUACACACAAACAGUCCUGUUAGAGGAGUCUAAAAACCUGCAGCAGGAUUCUCUGGUGGAUGAUGUCCUGCAGAGAGUCAAAGAGAGACACAAAACCAGCAUGAGGAACAAGUAUGAGAACUUAUUUGAGGGUAUCAAACUACAGGAGAAUCAAACCCUCCUGAACAGGAUCUACACACAGCUCUAUAUCAUAGAGGGAGAAAGUGAAGGGGUGAAUAAAGAACAUGAAGUGUUACAGAUGGAGAAAACACCCAGGACACAACAUUCUCAAAUCCACUGCAAUGACCUCUUUAAAUCUUUAACUGAACUAGGAUGUGAGGGGAAGAGAAGAGAGGGGAGUGACAAAAUAAAGACCGUUCUUACUAAAGGCAUCGCUGGAAUUGGAAAAACAGUCUCUGUGCAGAAGUUCAUUCUGGACUGGGCAGAGGGAAGAGUGAAUCAGGAUAUAGACUUCAUGUUUGUGCUUCCAUUUCGAGAGCUGAACUUAAUUAAAGAUGAUCAGUACAGUAUUCACAAACUUUUGCUUGACUUUCUUCCUGAACUUCAUGAUCUAGACUCAAAGAUUUAUGAUGAAUGUAAAGUUGUAUUCAUCUUUGAUGGUCUGGAUGAAAGCAGAAUCACACUGAUGUUUUCAGACAAACAGAAAGUUUGUGAUGUGAAUGAGUUUUCAUCCAUAGGUGUGUUGAUGUCAAACCUCAUCAGAGGAGAGCUGCUUCCUUCUGCUCUCAUCUGGGUCACUUCUAGACCAGCAGCAGCCAAUCAGAUCCCUUCAGAAUGCAUUAACCGGGUGACGGAAAUUCAGGGAUUCAAUGACCCUCAGAAGGAGGAAUAUUUCAGGAAAAGGAUCAGCGAUCAGCAUCAAGCCAGCAGAAUCAUCUCACACAUCAGAAGAUCAAGAAGCCUCCACAUAAUGUGCCACAUACCUGUCUUCUGCUGGGUCUCAUCCACUGUGCUUCAAAAUAUCCUGAAACAAGAUGACAGUGCAGAAAUCCCUCAAACUCUGACUGAAAUGUACAUCCACUUUCUGCUCAUUCAGAUAAACAUCAGGAAUCAGAAGUAUGUUGAGAGAGAUCCAGGUAAACUCCUGCAGUUCAACAGAGAAGUGAUUUUGAAACUUGCUGAACUUGCUUUCAAACAACUGAAGAUGGGCAACAUCAUGUUCUAUGAGGAGGAUCUGAGAGAGUGCGGCAUAGAUGUCAUUGAUGCCUCUGUGUAUUCUGGGAUUUGUACCGAGAUAUUUAAAGAGGAAUCUGUAAUUCAUCAGAGGAAAGUCUACUGCUUCAUGCAUCUGAGCUUUCAGGAGUUUCUGGCAGCUGUUUAUGUGUUUUAUAGUUAUGUAAUUAACACUGUGGAGGCACUAAGGUUUUUUGAUUCCCUGCAUAAUUUGCUCAGAGGAGCUGUAGAUAAAGCCUUAGAAAGUGAGAAUGGACACCUGGAUCUUUUCCUCCGGUUCCUGCUGGGCAUUUCACUGGAGUCCAAUCAGAAACUCUUAAAGGAUCUACUGACCAACACUCACAGCUGUUCAAGGAGCAUUGAGAAAACAACUGCUUGUAUUAAAGACAAAAUUAAGCAUGGACAUAAUCUUUCAGCUGAUAGAUCCAUCAAUCUUUUUCUUUGUCUCUUUGAAAUGAAAGAUCAGACUCUGUAUAGAGAGAUCCAGGAGUUUCUGAAAUCAGACAAAUAUUUAGAGAAGAAACUCUCUUCUGCGCUUUGCUCGACAAUUGCCUACAUGUUUCAGAUGUCAGAGGAGGUGCUGGAGGAACUUAAUCCCAAGAAAUUUAAUACAUCAGAAGAAGGUCGAAGAAAACUCUUACCAGCUGUGAAGAACUGCCGAAAAGCUAUUCUUGCUGACUGUAAUCUCACUGAUAAAUCUUGUGAGAUUGUGGCCACAGCUCUACAGUCAUCAAACUCUGUACUGAGAGAGCUGGACCUGAGUAACAAUGACCUGCAGGAUUCAGGGGUGAAGCUUCUCUCUGAUGGACUGAAGAGUCCAAACUGUCAACUAGAGAAACUGAGAUUAUCUGGGUGUAUGGUGACAGAGGAAGGCUGCUGUUGUCUGGCCUUAGCUCUGAGUUCAAAUCCCUCACACCUGAGAGAGUUGGAUCUGAGCUACAAUUACCCAGGGCACUCCGGAGUCAAGAUGCUCUCGGAUCGACUGAACCUUCCAAACAGCACACUGGAGAUACUCAAUUUAGACCACGGAGAGUCCUUCAGGAUCACACCAGGACUGAGGAAAUAUGCCUGUGAUCUUACAUUCGAUCUAAACACAGUAAACACUCAUCUCAUUCUGUCUGAGAACAACAAAAAGGCAACAUAUUUGGAAGAGGAGCAGCCAUAUCCUGAUCAUCCAGAAAGAUUUGAGCACUACGAGCAGGUUCUGUGUGGAGAGAGUUUGACUGGACGCUGUUACUGGGAGGUUGAAUGGAGUGGCUGGAGUCAUAUAGCAGUCACACAUCGAGGUAUCAACAGGAAAGGAGGGAGCGACUGCAGGUUUGGACUCAACAAAAAGUCCUGGAGCCUGGUCUGCUCUGGUAAAAAUUACUAUGCCAGGCAUAAUAAUGCAAGAACUGACAUACCCGCACCCUCAUCAUGUUCCAACAUCAUAGGAGUGUACCUAGAUCAGCCAGCUGGCUCUUUGUCUUUUUACAGUGUUUCCUCUGAAACAGGCAAAAUGAUCCACAUUUACACCUUCCACUGCACAUUCACUGAGCCCCUCUAUGCAGGAUUUGGGGUUGGGGUUGACGGUGGCUCUUCAGUGUGUUUAUGUAAAAUAUAGAAAAUGUAAGGCAGGUGUGUCAGCUCUGUGGUGAGUUUGAGAGAGUUUAAUGUACUUGAGAAGUGUUUUCUCUCCCAGCACAUAACUUAAAUUUGACUGCUAUAUUCUUAUUUGUAAAUAAGUGUACCCUUACGAAAAAGAAGUAUACUUAAGUAAUGUUCAAGUAUAUUUUUUAAGUAUACUUUAUGUAGUAAGUAUACUAGUAUCAAACAUGUACUAGUAGUAAACUUGUAAGUGUACUAUUUUAAUACUGCUUGGGACUAAAUUGGCCCAAUUGAAGUAUACAUUUAAGUGUACUAUAAGUGUGUAACAGUAGUAAACUUUAAGUACACAACUAGUUCACAGCUACGUUUCUCAUUUGUACUGCAUCUGUACUACAAGUGAACUUAUAAGUAUACUAGUAGUUUACUAUUUUAAUACUACUACUAGUACAUUUUUAGUAUAUGAAAGUACACUUUGAAAUAUACUCUCAGUAAACUACUAGUUUAGUGCAAGUAUACUUUUAAGUUUUCUUUAAGUGAACAUAUCACACUUUUUAUAUAUUAUUUUUGCACUUUAAGUAUACUACUAUGUUCCUAUUAUUUUUUUAUACUUAAAAUACCUUUAAAUGUAGGCUACUUUAACUCUUUACCUUUUAAAAACAUUUUAUUCUCGCUUUAUUUUUUUAUCAACACCACAGGUGGAGUAGAUCGAGUCCAUAAACACCCCCAAAGCUUCAUAGUCCUCAUAACGUUUGGCAGUUUUUAUUUAUAUGCUGUUUAAUGUUUGAUGGUCGCUUCAUUUUACAUUUGCGUGAGUAAUCUUCUGUCGCUUGUUUCAGCUUCUUCUUCUCCUGCGUUUUGAUCUGGAGAUUCUGUACUCUUUCAGAAGAUGCGUAACAGCGCCCCCUACCGUGUAGCCUGAAAAUUCAGUCAAUGGCGAGGAAAGAGGGAAGUAAAGUCUAUCAAAAGACUCAGUCCAAUUAUAGGCCAAAUAUACUUAGACUUUUCUGUCAGUAUAAGUCAAGUAUACUUAAGUGCAAUUUUAAGUAUAUUUCCCAGAAGUACAUAAAGUAUAUUUCUGAGAAGUAUAUAAAAAGUAGACUGAAAGUAUACUUUCUUAUUUUUAGUUUAAAAGAAGUAUACUAAUAGCACACUUGAAUAAACUUCUUUUUCGUAAGGGUAUAUAAAUAAUAACGUCAUGCUUGUAUUUCCGUUUUGCAUCCUAAGUCUGUUAAACGUUAUUUUAUAUAUUCAUGUCAAACAGAGAAAGGCAGUGCAAUAAUGUUAAUUAUUUCUUGUUGGAUGUUACAUUUAGCUAUUAUAAUAUCAUUGAAAUACUACUGUUAGAAGUGUCUUAAGUUUACAGAGAAAAGAAGUGUUAUAGUAACGUUUUUAUCCUGAUCAUCAUUUUGUAUAAACUAUAAGAACAUGAAGUAGACAUUGUCUGUUCUUGAUCAUGUGUUGCACCUGUGGACCUAGAUAAAAACAUUUUCAUACAUGUACAA